AUGUUGGGGCACAACUCCCUGAUUAUUGGGGUUCACAACCAAGUCGGAUUUGUGCGCCUUGUCAGUGGGGACGGCACCUGCUCGGGCCGUGUGGAGGUCAGGCAGGGCCGACAAUGGGCCUCCCUCUGUGAGACACACAUGGACCUCAACACUGCCCACGUCAUCUGCAAGGAGCUGGGCUGUGGUGCAGCACUGGCAGUCACCAGUGCGGCACAUUUUGGGUCCGGAGCUGGGCCCAUCUGGGACGGGGGCUUUGAGUGUGCAGGCAACGAAUCCCUCCUGUCAGCCUGUGCCCGCAGCCUGCCCCAUKACCAGGGAUGCACCCACGCCAAUGACACCGGCAUCAUCUGCUCCCCCUACACGGACUUCAGGCUGGUGAACGGCAGCACGGCCUGUGCAGGGCGGGUGGAGAUGGAGGUGCGGGGCACCUGGCGCUCCCUCUGUGACACUGGCUGGGACGAGCACGAUGCCCAGGUGCUCUGCCACCAGCUUGGCUGUGGGUCUGUCACCUCUGUGCCCCGUGGAGGCUAUUUUGGGUCAGGGAGUGGCCCAGUGUGGCGGGACACCUUUCACUGCAGCGGGAUGGAGUCCCACCUGGGAGCGUGCCCUGCCACAGCACUGGGAAUCCCCGCGUGUUCUCCAGGCAACACCGCUGCAGUCAACUGCUCAGGGCCAAGUAGUGCUGAACCUCUGCGUCUAGUGGGUGGUGAGAGCCGUUGUGAUGGGCGCCUGGAAGAUUCCCUGGAUGGAGCCUGGGCCCGAGUCCUGGCAGAGCACUGGGACACCAGCAGUGCCAGCGUGGUGUGUCGACAGCUCAGCUGUGGCGUGGCACAAAAGGCCUAUACGGCUCCAGUGACAGGGCCAGYGUCCAGCCCCGUGAGGCUGAUGGGGCUGCGGUGCACGGGCACAGAGACUCGCCUGUCCCAGUGCAACAGCACGCUGCUUAAUGCCACCCCGGUCGGCCAACCCCAGGACGUGGUGCUUGUGUGCUCAGGUGACCGGCGGGUGCGGCUGGCAAGUGGCCCCAYGCGCUGUGCGGGCAGAGUGGAGCUCUAUGUGCAGGGCGCCUGGAACCGAGUCUGCGACGACAGCUGGGACCUCAGGGACGCCGCCGUUGUCUGUCGCCAACUGGGCUGUGGCAAGGCCCUGGCAACCCCCCUCUCAGCCCACUACGGCCAGGGCUCAGGGCCUGUGUGGCUGGAGCUCACAGACAUGCGACUCGUGGGUGAGAGCAGCUGCGCCGGUCGCCUGGAGGUCUUCUACAACGGCACGUGGGGCAGCGUGUGYGCCAACGGCACCAGCGCCCACACAGCUGCUGUGGUGUGUCGGCAACUGGGCACCGGGGAGCUGCGUCUGGUUGACGGAGGCAGCCGCUGUGCAGGACGUGUGGAAGUGAAGCACGAGGGCCAGUGGGGCACCGUGUGCAGCUACGACUUCCACUGGAAUGACCAUGCGGCCGCCGUGGUCUGCAG